CGUCUCAUUCGCUCUCCCAAGCUUAGCGGAGGAAGUGGCUUCUCCCCAAUCGUGCUUUGGUUUUGGAAAGAGAACGUUUUUGGUAGACCCGCAUCAAGAGUCUCUCUGUCGACGUUCUCUUGCUCUCUGUGACACUAAAUCCUACCCAACGAGAAAUUUUGUUAGAAGUUUGGACCUUGUGCAGCCCAAAUUCUGUCGACGUAGCACUAAGAGAGGACAAGUAAAGUGGUUGCUGAUCAUAUGUUUGCCAUUCUGCUACUCAUAAUCCUUAGCACCAACCCUUGAAGCCUCACUAAAAGAUCCUCUCAAAGAAUUGAAUGGAUUCUUUCCAACCCUUGCAUUAACGCUAGUGUAUGUAAACAUGAAUCGCCCAACCACACGAAGUAAAAAUAAAAAGCCCAAGCCAUCCGAUGAUGUUGACAAGAUUUCAGACACAUUGAGGAAAAUUCAUGCGUCUGGUGAAAUAACACAGGAUGACAUAAACCAGUUAUACAAUAUUGGGAAGCCAGUAUGCCAGGGCUGCCGAGUAAAUGCUAAAGAUAACCCAAAUUGCUUUUGUGGCCUGAUUCCAUCUCCCAAUGGAAGCCGGAAAUCUGGAAUAUGGCAGAAGAUGUCAGAUGUUAUACAGUCUUUGGGUCCGGACCCGUUUAAGGAACUUCGUGCUUCACUCGACUCGCCGGCUGGAUUAACUAAUUUGGGUGCAACAUGCUAUGCUAACAGUAUCCUUCAAUGUCUUUACAUGAAUACUACUUUUCGAAAAGGAGUCUUGUCCAUUGAAGUUGAUGUACUGAGAAAACAACCUGUGCUGGAUCAGCUUGCCCGGCUCUUUGCUCAGCUUCAUUCAAGUAAAAGAGCAUUUGUGGAUUCUGCUCCAUUUAUAAAGACACUGGAGUUGGAUAAUGGCGUUCAACAAGAUAGCCAUGAAUUUUUAACCUUACUUCUUUCUCUGCUGGAGCGAUGCCUCAGCAAUUCCCGGAGUGUUGUGCCUAGGACUAUUGUUCAAGAUCUCUUUCGUGGCAGUGUGUCCCAUGUGACAACCUGCUCAAGAUGUGGGAAAGAUUCAGAGGCCUCUUCAAAGAUUGAAGACUUCUAUGAGUUGGAACUGAAUGUGUUGGGUUUGAAAAGUUUGGAUGAAAGUUUAGACGAUUAUCUACGGGUAGAGGAGCUCAAUGGGGAAAAUCAGUACUUUUGUGAAUCCUGUGAAGCAAGAGUUGAUGCUAGCCGAAGCAUAAAGCUUCGGACACUUCCUCGCGUACUUAAUAUCCAGCUUAAGCGUUAUGUUUUCCUUCCUAAGACUACAACAAAGAAAAAAAUCACUUCUGCAUUUUCUUUUCCUCGGGAACUUGAUAUGCGGAAGAGAUUAUGUGACCCAGCUCAGGUUGAUUUAAUAUAUGACUUGUCAGCAAUCCUGAUACACAAAGGAACUGCUGUAAACAGUGGGCAUUACAUUGCUCAUAUAAGAGAUGAGAAGAGAGGGCAGUGGUGGGAGUUUGAUGACGAGCAUGUCUCAAAUUUAGGUGAUCACCCAUUUGGAGAAGAUUCAUCAGGUCACAAGAGUAAACCUCCACAAAAGGAGCCACUUGUGCACUCUUCGCCAGUUUCUGCUGCUGGUGAUGCUACAGAUGUGCUGCCACAAUUUGCAGAAAAUGGUGAUUCAGAACAUUCUGAGAUCUUUUCAUCUGCUGAUGCAUACAUGCUUAUGUACAAUCUGCGGCAAACCAAUGUGCAUCUCCGGAAGACAUCCAUGGUUCUGGAUGCCAAUAAUACAGAAACUGAACGCACGGACAGCACAUCAAAUGAUAUCACUUCUCUUCCAUCUUACCUUAGAGAUGAGGUAGAUGAAUUGAAUGCAUCAUAUGUGGAAGCAUGCCACCAGUAUAAACUACGGAAGGAAACAACAUUGCGUCUUAUUGAAGAAAGGAGGCAAGAGGUGCGCCUAAUUCUUUCAGAAGCUCCUGUUCAAUCAUUUGAGGAACCUUUUUAUUGGAUAUCAGCAAAUUGGCUCCGCCUGUGGGUUGACAAUAUUAUGCCUCCUGUUCUGGAUAACACUCUCAUUCAAUGCUCUCAUGGAAAAGUUCACAUGGCAGAAGUAGGCUCUAUGAAGCGAUUGUCUGCCAGUGCUUGGGUGAAAUUGUUCUCAAAGUAUGGUGGGGGGCCAGCACUGGCCAAGGAUGACUACUGCGUGGACUGCCUAAAAGAGGCGGCACACAAACUGGUUUGUGCUGACAGCUAUAGGGAUCGGAGAAAAACAGUGAAGGAACUUGCAGAUUCUGUGCUUUCUGGAAAUUGUACUGAUGGAACGUACUAUGUAUCAAAGGCCUGGUUACAACAAUGGGUGAAAAGAAAAAUCACAGAUGCACCCAGUGAAGCUGAUGCAGGGCCUACAGCUUCAAUCAGAUGUCCUCAUGGGCAACUUAUGCCUGAGCAGGCUGCCGGUGCUAGGCGUUUGCUGGUUCCUGAGAAUCUUUGGCUAUUCUUUUAUGAAGAUGCAGUAACUAUGAAUCCUGAUGAUCCUUUGGGUUGUCCUAGCUUCCCCAUUGGCUCGGAGCAGUGCUCCCAGUGCAGUGAGAAAAUUUCAGAAGUGGCAUGCCUAGAAGAUUCUCUAAGAGCGGUGAAGAACAAGCAGCGUGAAAAUCAUGAGAAGCUAGCUGCUGGUAAAAGCUUUCCACUUCAUCCCAAUCAUGAGUACUACUUGUUGCCCUCAGUAUGGCUCACAACAUGGAGAAAUUAUGUGAAUGCUGGUGGCAAGAACGCUUUGUUGUGCGAUGAACCUGAAUCCUUGGAUUCCGUGAUUGAUAAGCUGAAAUGUGAGAAGCAUUUACGUCUUCUGGAAAGGCCUCUUGACCUGGUACACAAGCGUGGAGCAAUUUUUCAGAAAGUUUCUCUUGGCUCAGGUUUGUCUCAUGAACAUGGAUAUCUUUUCUUUAAAGGAAAGAUGAUGUCCAGACCCUGCUUCUUGGUUGAACCACAGCUGGCUUAUGUUCGUGUAACAGCUGUCUCAGAUGGAUUGACAAUCAUUACAUCAAGUGACUGGAAAUGUUUCUGUGAAGAAUGGGGAUGCUCCGAGAACAAAGGCAUAUCUGCUAUCAUUGAGCAUGAUAAUGACGCCCCAGAUAAGGCUAUAUGUGGUAAAGAGACACCAAUAUGUAAUGAGCAGCAUGGUUCUAUUGAUGGGCCAAAUAAUCGACUUGAUGAGAAAAGGCUAGUAAUCAGGACAUCUCCAGAGGUUAAAUAGCCAAUUGGGCUGAUCUGCCUUUUGUCCGUGGAAUCACAGAUAUGUGCUUUGGAAGUACAAUAAUGUUCUUCUAUAGGUAGGAAAAGUACAUGACACUGGUCAAACUCUCCUGAGUGGUUCUCUUUUAAGGAUGAUUGGUCACAAGUAAAUAUUGUGAAAAGGAAUAAAUAAAAUCAAACAAGAACAAACUCUCCUCCUAUCUGUUGGGAUCAGCGAAAUUGAUCUGUUUAUACCUUCAUAAAAUACACUAUCUUGUCCUAUGGGAAAAUGUGUGUAUUGUUGAGUUGGCAGAAUGAAGGUUCUUCAAGCUCAUUUGAUCUCUUAUAUUGGUAGUAGAUGGAUGUGAUUCUGAUGGGUGGCAUGAUAUUGAAUGAAUCAAGUAUUAUUUCAGUAUUUGACAAAAAAAAAAGUAUUAUUCAGUGGAUGGUUCUUACAAAUUGUUGGGAAAAAUGAGAGAUAUCACAGAGAGGUAGCAAAGGAAAUAGCCGUUAGAGCUGUAGCCAGAAUGCAGACGACUUUCAUCUGAUUAGUUUUAGAAUGGGCUAUGAUGGUCGAUCUUCUUUUGGAAGGACUAAUGAUUAAUAUAAAUAUUACUUUUCUGAAAGCUUACUUGGCCCAUGAAGGCUUCGUUUAAUUUUCCAAUGUUCUAAGACUAUCCCUACUGCAUAGGUUUGGAUUUGGCUGAACUCAUUUGUGAAUAUUUAUAAACGGAGAGGUGGAGAAUGAAGAGCCAAAGAGAUUAAAACAUGGCACCUCUUGCUUUGAUACCGUGUAGGAAUAAUGGACUAUUUCCAACUUCUUCAAAAGCUUUAAGCUGUUAAAUGAUAGCAUAGUUUAAUAUUUAUAUACUUUCACAACAUGGAAUAGAAAAGGAAUUAAACUGGGCUUAUCUAGUACGCUUUGGUGUUGCCUGCUGGUUUUUUGGACUAGUCCAUUUAUUUGACUUGCAUUCUCAUCCUUCUUAGAAGAUGAUUCUGCUCUCUCUCUCUCUCUCUCUCUCUCUCUCACUCUCUCUCUCUCUCUCUCUCUCUCUCUCUAUAUAUAUAUAUAUAUAUAUGUAUGUAUGUAUGUAUAUGUGUGUGUGUGUGUGUGUAUGAGACACAUUUCCAACUUAUUCAAAAGCUUUAAGCUGUGAAAUGAUAGCAUGGUUUAAUAUUUAUGUACUUUCCCAGCAUGGAAUAGAAAAGAAAUUAAACUGGGCUUAUCCAGUACGCUUUGGUGUUGCCCACUGGUUUUUUGGACAGGUCCAUUUAUUUGAC